CCAUAUUAGUUUUCUGCUUUCACAUUAAAAUCAGUUGGUAGAGCUGGUUUUGAAAUGGUUGAAGAAGUAAGAAGAUAGCUUGCUGAAAAACCAGGAAUAAGAGAUGGAAAAGAGAAACCGGAUUAUGAUAGAUGCAUAGCUAUAUCAACUAAAUCCUCUCUUUAAGAAAUGUUUGCUCCAGGAUUACUUGUCAUUUUAGUACCUUUGGUUUUAGGAUUAUUCUUUGGCCCCUCUGCUGUUGCUGGAUUAUUACCAGGUAUUUUAGUUUCUGGAGUAUGCAUAGCUACAUCAUCAGCCAAUUCAGGAGGUGCCUGGGAUAAUGCUAAAAAAUACAUUUAGGCUGAUCUAUGUGAAAUUGGUAAUUUUAGUAUAGAUUAUUAGAUGAUAUAAUCAAAGGCAAAGGAACUGAUGAACAUAAAGCUGCAGUUAUAGGUGACACUGUUGGGGAUCCUCUAAAAGAUACUUCUGGCCCUUCUUUAAAUAUUCUCAUUAAAUUAAGUGCUAUUUUUUCUUUAGUAUUUGCUGUGGUAUAUGAUAAAUCAGCAUGGUUAUUAUAUGUUAUGAAAACUGGUAGUAGUGGUUGUUCAGCUUGA